GGGAGGGGCGGCCACUUAAAGGGAGCAGACGAGCAGCCCCAGCGUAGCACUUUCACUUUGAGCUGUCUGACGGAGGAGACACAGCAGCAGAGGAGAGGAAGGCCACAGGCGCAGGAGGCCACUGCCUCAUCCAUUAGCCACUUUCCAAAAGGCUUAGGGAGGGGGGAGCGGAUUCAAAUUAGGCUGCUCGGGGAAGCUUCUAGGUCAGUAGGGGGAAAGGAGGGCAAGUGAAAUUGCAAUUUCAACAAAAGCUCUGCAGUGGGGGAAAUCCAAAGUGAACGAGAAGGGAUGGCGUGAGAGGAUCCAUACUGGAAAGUACCAAAGCAAGGAAUACUAUAUAGGGGAUGUCAGCGGGACGGCGCUGAAGAGGAAGGAAGGAGCAGCACGCAGCACGCACUCGGUGUCAAAGACCCUGCCACAAGGCACGGACGAGGAAAGUUUGCCUUUCACUGACUGACACGGAAAGGCCCGUCUAGCUGUCUGUGUGCGUAUUGGGGUGGUGGGGGGCAUGUGAGGGUUUGCUGUCAACCAGAGAAAUGGAGAAGUGUCCAUUUUCAGAAAGAUAAAAGGAUGUCACUGCCAGUUUUGAUCUUGCUAUCACUCUUGACUGUCCAAUGUGGUGGAUGCGACUUGGAGGUGGUGAAGAACGUUAAGACAGCUAUUGACGCGAACCCGAACGGAUUUCGGACCGUGUUUCCCAAAGAUUACUAUGUGUUGCACCAUUACACAAAAAGCAUGUUGCGUGACACUGAUCCGUGUUGUAUAUUCCCCGCUGCAAUCGUCCUCCUAGAAUCUUGGAAUGUGCUUUUGAGGAACCUCUGGGAUGAGCAUCUAAAUCACUCUUUGAUCUUCGACCUAAAGCAGACACUGGAUAUCAUCAUCAAAAAGAAUAAAAACUCAGAGAAGUUGCGGUACGAGAUGGACCCGUCCCAGUUUUCGCCGCUCUUCUCCUCUCCGGAGGAGCUCCUCAAGCUCACGUCGGAGUUGUUCACCCAAUGGCUGGAGGUGGGAUGCUCUCCCUCCAUGGAAAUCUGCGAGCCCCCCACUCUGCUGCCUUCGGCCGAGAAAAAGGAGUACAGUCCGUCCAGGGUCCGACUCCUGACCACCCGAGCCAUCCGCAGCAGCAAGGAGGAGACCGAGCUGGCCCGCUUGAGAGACGUUACCCCGGCACCGUCCGGUCGCGGUACCGCCUCGCUGUCCGUGCAUCCCGCCUCGGCGUGGAGCCUCCUCCUGUUCAGACUCUACCGGUGGUUGUUGCCAUAGGAACUUAAAAGGAUCUUAAUUUUUUCAGACGAUGCACACAAAAUGCAAGACAUUUCCUGGCACUGAAUGAUUGUUUCCUUUCUAUUUGUGUUGUGAGGCAGUAUGCUGACGUUACCAUAUGAAGUGACAUGCGCAGGUUGCAUUAUUUUGAACGUCCAAAGUUGUUUUUUUGUUGCUACAUUCACUGCCACGACCUUCCCGUACCCGGCCGGCCCUUCAGUGGGAACGUAAUCCAACUCUUAUACCGCAAGCAUGACGUCACACAUUACAGAAACUGCUAAUACCGUAUAAAACUGCAAGUACGGUUCUGUUCAGAAUCAGUAUUUAUCUAACACAUGACAAAAACAUGAAAUAUGGAAUAAAAUACAUUAUAUUCACUGGAGAUGCUGAUUAUCAAAUAUUCAUGUGUACAGAUUGCUACGUCCAAGUUUUGCGAGUCAAAGUUGGCUGCAACAGGUUUUUCUCCUCCCAACCAAACAGAGGAUGGAAAACACAGAAUUUGGAAUGCAACUGAUUGUAGAAAAAGUCCAGUUGACUAAUAUAAUUUAAGUUACAUGGGCCAGCACUACUGAUUCCAAAGGCCCUGGGCAGAUUGGCUUGACAUGGCAACAUGUGGAUGGAGAAAUCUGAUUGGACAAAAAAAAAAACCAUCCAGCAUACACAUGGAGUACAAAAAUGGGACAAAUGUUAGUAUUUAGUUUGUAAAUGUAUACUAGUGCUUCUUUAUGCCACCAGAGAAGGCCAUGCCGGCCCCUGGUACCAACACACCUUACCUAUAAGCAUAGUCCAAUACUCGCCUUCCUAGGUAGAACAUGCCGCUAAGCUUCAGCUAGCUAAACUCUUUGUGCUAACAAGAGAUACAUGCUGACCAAGCCAAUGCACAAUAAGCCUUCACGUGUGUCUGAUGUGGAAUCUGUCACAUUUGUUUACAAUUACUGUUUUCGUAACUGUAAGAUAUGACGCCUAUAGACAUUUAGUUUUGUAUAAAAAAUGCGAAUUAAAGCCAUUUAGAUAUA